UUGAUAUUCAAAUCGAGAUCUUAGUCUCGACUUUUUGUCCGUAGAAAGUGGUUGGCACGCGAAAAAUAAUAUGUUUUCGAUUGUAUUUUUAUUGAAUUUUUAUUUGGCGGCCUGUACUGGAGUAAGACCGACUAAUGAUGGCGACAGACUGAGGCUGGUGAUAGACCACGAUGGCGGAGCUGACGAUGCCAUGGCCAUAUUCAUGGCGUCGUUAAAAGAUGAAAAUUUUGGAGGGCCUAAACUCACAGCGCUCACAACUACCUUCGGUAAUGUAGAAGAGAGCCAAGCCUUUAUCAACUCACAGAUCAUACUGGAUGUAGCUGGACGGUCUGAUGUCAUGUUAUUCAGAGGCAGUACCGAACCUUUCGUAAAAGGCAUAGAGUCAGACUACUUCUUCGGCAGGGACGGACUCGGAGACAACGGCCUUCAGAGCUACAGACCCAUAAGGGCACAAAAUGUGCACGCGGCUCUGGGUUUGAUUCAGAUGGCUUCUAGAUAUAGAGAAAAGUUAAUAGUUGCUGCCAUUGGUGCUCUGACCAACAUUGCUCUGGCUAUCAAACUGGACCCUGAAUUCAUAAACAAGGUUGGACAUCUGUACAUAGGUGGUGGAAAUAUAAACGAUGAAGCAGAAUUUAACAUAGCCAUGGACCCAGAGGCGUACCACAUUGUGGUUAGCCACGGACAACCAGACAAGCUGACGCUCGUACCCUUCACCACUAUCUACGCAAACCAGAACAUCACCGAAGACUGGAGGAUCAACAAACUCGGAACUCUUCCGACAUCGAUCAUGAAGAGGCAGAACGCAUUCGAGCGAGUUAGCAUGGCCAACUCCACCUACUGGUGUCUCCUGGACCCAGCAGCGAUGGCCAUCGUGUUGGAUGAAGAUGACAUAGUCGUGGAGGCGAAGUACGCAAAAGCUACUGUUGGGACUUGUGAUAGUGAACGCGGCGUCACAAGAUACGACUUCGAGAGCGCUAACGCAACAGCGAGAGUGGUGACGGAAGUAAAGAAGGAACCUUACCAGGAUCUGCUGCUAAAACUCUUCGCGAAGGACAGCAAGAGAGCGCCAUGGAAUUGGAAGUUGUAGACUAAAUCAAAAAAAGAAAGACGAACAAAAUAAAUUGAGUGAAAUUUG